AAAAUGUGAAUAAAAAAAUUUUAAUGCUACGUCUUUUAUUUUAUGUGGUAUUUUCUAAUGACGAAUAGUAGAACUCAGCUGCGUUCCUUUGAUACCAAUACUCUUAAUUAUAUAUCGUCAAAAUGUGGAGGUACAUGUUGAAAUAAACCUUGUAUCUCAAAUUUUGAUUAUACAUACUUAAGAAUAUAUUUACUCCCUCGUAAUUAAGGGGGUAGGGUUUUUAUAUCAACAUGUACCAAAUAAAUCAAUGAUAUAUGCUGAGUGUAGCAUAUUGCUCUCUGGUAAAUUAUAGGACAUUACUUCUCACAAUAUUUUUGAAACAUUGUUGCAAUAUUACUGAAAUAAUAUUGAAAAAAAAUUUAGCAACGUGUUUGCAACAAACAUGUAUCAAUGCAAUAUAUAAUGUUGCAUUGCAACAUUACAUACAAUGUUGUCGUAAGUUCUAUGCUGCAUAAGUAAUACUGAAAAUAGAUAGAAUAUUGAAAAUAAAAACAGCUGUAUACAAUAUAAAACAGCUUUGUAUAUAGCAUAUUCAGCUGUACAUAUUACAAAAUCAUUUGUAGUCAAAUCACUCUAUUAACAGUAAUUGGCAAUUUAUAAUGUCAAGAACAAUUUAUACAAAAUACCCUCUCUGUAUUAAAAUCUCUUUGUCUUGUAUCUUUAGCACCGCGUUCUAUAGUAGAUAGUAUUAUUACCCAGUAAAUUUUUAGCCUCUUGCUAUGAAGUCUGAGCUGUGACAUUUGCUCUCUAAAUUCUAUAACUGAAGUCUGUCCAGUUUAAAGCUUACUUGGAGAAAACUUUAUAUCAAAAAUUACUAUGUACGAUACUAACUACGGGCCAUGAGAAGAAAUUUCAUAAAAUUAUAUCAUAAGUAGUAUAAAUAUUAUGAUAGUUUGACGAAAAACAUAGUAAAAAUUUUCAUAAUUUCUUUCUUAGUUUAUAAAUACUAUUUAUUAUAGUAAUUUUUACUGUAAAAUUCUCUCCGUGUAGAGAUUAGGGCAGUGGUGUAAACGCUUUUUGACGAAUAAAAAUCUUACAAAGUAAUAAAGUUUAUGUGAUUACAACAAAAGACUGAAAGCAAGGUAUUGUAGAUCUUACGGAUGAUUACUUUAAACUCUAGUUUUAUCGGGUUAAACCAAAUUGUACCAAUCGAUUAUCCCUGAGGGUAUUCUCUGUCUGACAUUGACGCCCGACGCCGAAAUUGCAUAGGGCAGUCUUGGCAACGAUCGACGACAAGGAUUACAACAAUGUAUCAUACUCCAGUUACAGAGAAGAGCGGAAGGCCACUUUAAAAGCGUGGGCGACACAGUAGCGAGCACCAGAUCGGUGGGCGGCUACCAGAUCGCCCAAUUGGUCGAUCGACUUGGUAAUGGUUGGUGGGCGUUGGGUAAGCUCAGAUGCGCGGCGAGCAGUGCGCACUUGGCUGGCUUUACUGGCACUCUCUCUCUCUCUCUUUUUCUCUCAUUCACUCAUCAUGCAUUCCCCACCUGGUCUGUAUAUCGACUAGGUCUUGAUAUGAGAGUUCUCUUCCCAUGCCCCGCGUUCGACGCCUUCCGUCCCACGUCCACUCUUUAUGAUCAGACUUGGUGUAAUUGGCAGCUUCUACAACCGCGGCCUUUUCCCCCGUAUUCACCUUCCUCGUUCGCGCCACCAUCGACCAUUGCUACCGCGGCGCGGCGCUUCAAAUCUUGAUCUCUUCUUCUCAGCGGGUAGAAGCAGAAGAACGGAGUCUUUUGCGGGAAGAGUAUAAGGUGGGGGUAAGGCUAGUCUGGGUGCGCUUCGAGCGCGCGGCGGUAGGCAAUCUGCUCGAAUACGGCGGAGAGCGAGCAGGUUGCCCCGCGUAACGCACUCGCGUCUGAUCAUCCAAAAAUAACGCGAGGGAAGGGUGACUCGAAAUUUGAGCAUCACUGUCGAAGAAGGAAGCGAGGAUACGUAUCGCGUACAUCACAUUGCAAGGGCUGAUAACAGAAACACCUUCUAAAGGAACAAAUAAAAAAACCGCGGCGUACAAGCUUUUCGUUCCUCACGUUGGAGAACACAAGGAAAACAACUCCAGCGAUCGUUGAUCGCGUGACAAGAAAAAUGGUGAGAAACAGUGGAACUGUUGAAGGGACGAAAGCGGGAGAAAAAUGAGAGGAGAAUAAUCGUUUUCGUGUGAUCCUGGAAAGAAGUUCAUCUCUCCCUUUUGUACUCGGGGGAACAAGUGUGCAAAGAAACGAAAGAGAGACAAUCUGGCGAUCUCCGUGUCCGAAGGGAAACAAAUCCUGAUGGUGAACGGAGAACCAAAAGGGAAAAUCGGCCGCGUAUAUGGAGCGACGAGGCAAGUCACGUCACAUUAAAUCUUGAUCUCACCUCGGCAAGUCUCGGAUCGCGGGAAGGGGGAAAGUCUGGGCGCGCUUCGAAACCCCGAGCGGAAGGCAAUCGGCUCGAAUCCGGCGGAGCGCGAGCAAGUUACCCCGGUGCUGUGGUAGUCCUCGUUGCCUGUCAUUGGAGAAGGGAGCUCUCGUAGGCGGAAGAAACGAGAGGGCGAUCGACACGCGAGGAAGAGUACGGAGAGGGAAGAGGGAGAACUGCCAGGUGGAGGAGAAGAGGAGGUGGAGGAAGAGAAGGAGGAGAACGUAGUCACGAGCUUCAUGAAAGCGCUUGCGCUCCAAUACUCCUUCGGUACCUCCGACUCCUCGGCUUCGACUAGGCUGAAGUGUCGCGACGACGUAAAAGCUUGCGUCGCGAUGCGCCGCGACCGUCAUCGCACGAUCGUACGAGAAGUCAUUCCGCUCCACUAAUCAGCUCCGUAACGACUCGUUCGUCAUUCCGCGUCACGUGGCGAGUCCGCGAAACGUGUUUGUGCUGUCAGAAGAUAGUGGUUGACGUUACGCUUAGGUGGUAUACACGUGAUUGUUUGGUAGACAGUUUGAUAAGGACAAGUUGAAGUUCUCCGAGAACAAAUGGAAAUUGCAGAUCGGCGAGUAAGACGGGAAUGCGUACCGCAGAUUGUGUCGAUGUGCAUGCAGAUAGCGAUACAACGAUAGAAGAGAAAUAUUUAAGUUUGACGAUGGCGAAAUCGACAAGCAAUCCUAUUAGCAGUAGCUUUCAUGGUAUAUUGUUUGCACAUAAAUAUUCGUUGAAAAAUGUCCGUUCAACGAUAUUGCUCGAUGCAUAGGAUAAUCUUCGAAGACGCUAUACGCCGAACGAGAGUAUUGCCAAAUGUUACAUUAAUCAGAAAAAAACCCUUUACCAUUUUGAAAAUCGCGAAGGAAAAAUCCGUUGGAUAAGUAACGGAAGAUAGACAUUGUGCAUCUGAAAAAGUGGAGAAAGAGCAAGAGAGGGAGGAGCCGUUGCUUGAGCGUGGAGGGGGCGGAGGUGAGAUCGUCUGGUGAUGAUGAUCGGUGGCGGCGUUGCGACCCCUCCUGGUACUGCCAAGUCGGCGGCUGCAAUCGACAGCGAAAUGGUGCAGGUCGACGGCAUUGGCAGCGGUAGUGUUAGUGGCAGUGCUAAUGGUAGUGGUAGCCCUGCGACGGGUGCGACCACCACGCGCCUUACGAACAAUAGCAAUAGCAGUAGCAAUAACAAUAACAACAAUAACGGGGAGAUCAGCAACAAUGACGACGGACACGGAGUUGCCAAUUGCACCGGCACAACCCCCUCGAACACGAGCGACAAGUUCUGCUGUCAGGACGAGGACGUUCCCGCCAACACUGGUGUUACCCGACCUUGGGAACCACCGUCGCCGACCUUCUCCCAGACGAGAUCGCACCUGCUACAGGUACACCCGCCACAUCAUCACCAGCAGCAUCCGACGGCGCAUCAUCACCAGCAGUUGAAUGUACCGGCUUCCCUGAUUGACGGUGUGAGUUUACAAAAUUGCACAGCCGGUCCAUUUGCCAGCGGCAAUAACAGUAACGCAUCGCGGCAACGUCUGAUCGAGUUGUCACAUGGAUUAGGAGCGCUGAGGCAUUACAACGAUCUCGCUAACCACGUGUUAUCAUUAAACCAACAGGGCGCAGUCGUUACGAAACUUUUAGGUACGUUGCGCCCGCCGGGUCUGAUCGGUGGCAGUAAGCCGAAAGUAGCGACACCGGCUGUCGUCGCUAAGAUCGAGCAAUAUAAAAGGGAGAACCCGACUAUCUUCGCCUGGGAAAUUCGGGAGAGACUAAUCUCCGAAGGAGUUUGCAGUAACGCGACAGCGCCGUCGGUCAGCAGCAUUAAUCGGAUAUUGCGAAACCGCGCGGCGGAACGCGCGGCCGCGGAAUUCGCGCGCGCCGCCGGCUACGGCCUUUACGCGGCCGCCGGGCCGCAUCCGUACUUCAAUUCGCACCAGCAUCCAACGACGAGCCAUCAUCUGCCGGCGGGCUGGCCGGCGCCGGGCGCGGCUGGACACCCGUGGAUGCUGCCGCCACUUGCUACUGGUAUAUCCGGCGCCGCGUCGGCUUUGCUUUUGCCACCAUCCCUGAGUCCCGGUGCGGCCGCUGCCGCGGCCGCGGCCGCGUCCGCGUCCGCUACGGGCACCUCCGAGCAUGCGCUUCAUGCCGCCGACGCGAUCGCUCGUGGAUAUUUGCAAGAUGGCGACGGAGAUGACGGAAGCUUAGACGGCUCGGAACAGCCCAAGUUCCGGCGCAACCGCACGACUUUCAGCCCAGAGCAGCUCGAGGAACUCGAGAAGGAAUUCGAGCGGUCGCAUUACCCGUGUGUGUCCACGCGCGAACGUCUCGCUUCGAAAACGUCACUGUCGGAGGCUCGCGUACAGGUUUGGUUUUCCAACAGACGGGCAAAGUGGCGUCGUCACCAGCGCAUGAACCUCUUAAAGCGCUCGCCGCCGCCACCACCACCACCACCACCACCACCACCGCCGCAGCCGCAGCCGCAGCCGCCGCCGCAGCCGCAGCAACCGCACUCCGCUACGUCCGCUAUGGAAAUCGGCCAGCGUACGUCCAGCUGCUCCAUCACCGGCAUGGGCGGCGAAAGUAGCGCGUUUCGCGCGGUUGUCGCCAAUUCCACCGCCAGGGACGAUAGGCUCGACAGGCACGAAUCGGUGCAGCUGAAGCAGCCGGAAAGGAAGCCCAGCGCUUUCCGGAUGAUCAGCCAAUUGGUGGGUGACGACUCGUCCGGGCUCUCGAGACCGACCAGUCCCGUCUACGAUCAGCGGCAAGGUCUUGGUCCACGUCCGGAUUCAACGCACAGGAUACGUUACGAUCAGAACGAGGAUGAAGACGAGGAGAUCGACGUUCAAGAUUCCGAUCAGGACAUACCGUCCUCGCCUCCGGUCGCUUGGAGAGAUCACUGGACUGACCAACAGCCGUUAGAACUGACGAAGCACGAUCGCUGAACGGAACGUGAUAUCACCGUUUUAUUUCAAGCGGUUGUUCAAUUUAGAGUGAUGAUUUUCGGGAAGAAAUCGAGUAGCUGCGUGUUUAUUUAAAGUAUUGGACUGGACAAAUCGCGUGGAUCAGUGACUACCAGUAUUCAAGUGCGUCAGUUCAUUACCUUUUAUUCGUUGGUGAACGAUUGGUUGAUCAAUAAGUGCAAAAGUGACGAAAAAGAUAUUUUUUUGGCUGUACGGUGCACGAAGUACAGUAAUAAAGCCAGGAAAGAUACUAUUUAAAAAUGUCGUAAAAUGUCGAUCCAGAAUUAUUGUUCAAUUGACACGCGCGUGAUCGAGUGAUAAAUCGGUAACGUGCUGCAUCAGCAGCGAAUUCGAGUCGACGAUUAAUCGGCGUGGCAUCAGAUGCGGCACCGUAUGUGUUGUAUUUUCUCAUAUUUUUUUCUUUUCUCAUUAUUAUCGGGCUUGGCUCUUCUCUAUUGGUUUCUAAUAUAUAUGGAGAGCUAUAUGUGCGUGCUUGUUAUUACGAACAUGGUCGAUUUCUUAUGAUCGCGAAUGCGAAUAAGUGUUGCGAGCUGUAUAAUAUUAACACGCAACGUUAUCAAUAUCAUUGUAAUUAUUAUUGUUGAUUAGAUAAGUGAUCGAUGCGUGGCAGAAGUAAACGCUGUUAGAUCAUUCGAAUCUAUCUGGGGAGUCGCUCGUGCAAGUAGAAAAUAUAAAAAAAACACAUACCGCGAAGAAGGAAUGAGAGAUUGUUCGAGCUCAUUCGGAACUAGUCCUAGCGAAUCUUUACGAAUUAGGGAUAUGUGUUAACUACAAUAUUUGAAAUAGAAGUAAGCGAAAACACAAAUAUUCCUAUACGAACUGUGUUAAAAUAUAAUGUUUAUUUAAAUGAGACCGUUUGUAAAUAUCCACACACGGCGUCACAAUUCAUUUUUUUCUUGCAAACUCUUCCAAAAUUUUCUUUCUAACUAUCGUCCAACAGACAAAAUGGUUUUUGGCGAGCCAUCAAAUAUCCGCACAAUGAAAUAUGUUAUAUUGAAAUAAAUUUACAUAAAUAUCCUA